CUCGGGCUGUGAGUUCUUCCCGGGUCCAGGAUGACGAUCCGACACCAGGGCCAGCAGUACAGGCCGAGGAUGGCAUUCCUGCCCAAGAUCGAAGCGCUGGUGAAGGACAUGCAGAACCCAGAGACGGGGGUCAGGAUGCAGAACCAGAGAGUCUUGGUCACCAGCGUCCCUCACGCCAUGACAGGAAGUGAUGUUCUGCAAUGGAUCAUCGAGCGGCUUUGGAUCUCCACUCUGGAGGCACAGAACUUGGGCAACUUUAUUGUCAAGUAUGGCUACAUUUACCCCCUGCAAGACCCCAAGAAUCUUAUACUCAAGCCUGACGGCAGCCUCUACCGAUUUCAGACACCGUAUUUCUGGCCUACCCAGCAGUGGCCAGCAGAAGAUACAGAUUACGCCAUCUAUCUAGCCAAGCGAAAUAUUAAGAAGAAAGGGAUUUUAGAGGAAUAUGAAAAGGAAAACUAUAAUUUCUUGAACAAAAAAAUUAACUACAAGUGGGACUUCGUCAUUAUGCAGGCCAAAGAGCAGUACAGGACUGGCAAGGAGAGGACCAAAGCAGACAGGUACGCACUGGAUUGCCAGGAGAAGGCGUACUGGCUGGUGCACCGGUGCCCGCCAGGAGUGAACAAUGUGCUGGACUACGGCCUGGACCGAGUGACCAAUCCAAAUGAAGUUAAGAAACAAACAAUAACUGCUGUCAGAAAGGAGAUCAUGUAUUACCAGCAGGCCUUAAUGAGGUCCACAGUGAAGUCUUCAGUGUCCCUUGGAGGGAUUGUCAAGUACAGCGAGCAGUUCUUGUCCAACGAUGCCAUCAUGUCAGGCUGCGCCCCUAGCAAUCCUUGGAUCACAGAUGACACCCAGUUCUGGGACUUAAAUGCCAAGUUGGUAGAAAUCCCCACGAAGAUGCGGGUGGAGCGAUGGGCCUUCAACUUCAGCGAGCUGAUCCGAGACCCCAAGGGGCGGCAGAGCUUCCAGUAUUUUCUCAAGAAAGAAUUCAGCGGGGAGAAUCUGGGAUUCUGGGAAGCCUGUGAAGAUCUGAAGUACGGAGAUCAGUCCAAGGUCAAGGAGAAGGCGGAGGAGAUUUACAAGCUAUUCCUGGCCCCAGGAGCCAGACGGUGGAUAAACAUAGACGGCAAAACCAUGGACAUCACGGUGAAGGGGCUGAGGCACCCCCACCGCUACGUGCUCGAUGCUGCGCAAACACACAUCUACAUGCUCAUGAAGAAGGAUUCUUAUGCUCGCUAUUUAAAAUCUCCAAUCUAUAAGGAAAUGCUGGCCAAGGCUAUUGAACCUCAGGAAACCACCAAGAAGAGCUCAACCCUCCCGUUUAUGCGGCGUCACCUGCGUUCCAGCCCGAGCCCCGUCAUCCUGAGGCAGCUGGAAGAGGAAGCCAAGGCCCGUGAAGCUGCCAACACGGUGGACAUCACCCAGCCGGGCCAGCACCUGGCUCCCAGCCCCCACCUGGCCGUGUACACCGGGACCUGCGUGCCCCCCUCUCCGUCCAGCCCCUUCUCCUCCUCCUCCUCCUGCCGGUCCCCCAGGAGGCCCUUCGCCUCGCCCAGCCGCUUCAUCCGGCGGCCCAGCAGCGCCAUCUGCCCCUCGCCCAUCCGAGCAGCCUCCGAGGGCUCCUCAGGCUUGGAGCCGAAGGCGGAGGCCAGCGGAUCCAGCGCCCGCUGCGGGCCUUCGGCCCCUGAGAGCAGCGAGGCCUCCCCGGACGGCGGCACUGCGCCCCGCAGCCGGCCCGGGACGGCUCCCAAGGCCCGCGCCGCGCUGUCUUUCGGCAGGUUCCUGAGACGGGGCUGCUUGGCGUCGCCGGUCUUCGCCAGGCUCUCACCCAAGUGCCCGCCAGUGCCCCACGGCAAGGUGCAGCCCCUGGGGGACGUGGGCCAGCAGCUGCCUCGGCUGAAACCCAAGAGAGUGGCAAACUUUUUCCAGAUCAAGAUGGACGUGCCCACGGACAGUGGGACCUGCCUGAUGGACUCGGAUGACACGGGGACGGGAGAAGCCAGUGACCAGGCCACGGAAAAGGAGGUCAUCUGCCCUUGGGAGAGCCAGGCUGAGGGGCGAGCAGGCUGA